AUGGCGAAGAGGUCGCGCAGUGAGGAUGAGGAUGAUGACCUUCAGUAUGCUGAUCAUGAUUAUGAAGUACCACAACAAAAAGGGUUGAAGAAACUCUGGAACAGAGUAAAAUGGACAAGAGACGAGGAUGACAAGUUAAAGAAGUUGGUUGAACAACAUGGAACUGAUGAUUGGACUCUAAUUGCUAGUCAUCUUCAAAAUCGUUCUGAUUUUCAAUGCCAGCAUCGGUGGCAGAAAGUUUUAAAUCCAGAAUUAAUAAAGGGUCCCUGGACUAAAGAAGAAGAUCAGAGGGUUAUUGAAUUAGUUCAGAAAUAUGGGCCAAAAAGAUGGUCUUUAAUUGCAAAACAUUUAAAAGGAAGAAUAGGCAAACAGUGUAGAGAAAGAUGGCAUAAUCAUCUGAAUCCUGAGGUAAAGAAGUCGUCCUGGACAGAAGAGGAGGACAGGAUUAUCUAUGAAGCACAUAAGCGGUUGGGAAAUCGUUGGGCAGAAAUUGCCAAACUACUUCCUGGAAGGACUGAUAAUUCUAUCAAAAAUCAUUGGAAUUCUACUAUGCGAAGAAAAGUGGAGCAGGAAGGCUACUUACAAGAUGGAAUAAAAUCAGAACGAUCUUCAUCUAAACUUCAACACAAACCUUGUGCAACUAUGGACCAUUUGCAAACCCAGAAUCCAUUUUACAUACCUGUUCAGAUCCCAGGCUAUCAGUACGUAUCACCUGAAGGCAAUUGUGUAGAACAUGUUCAGGCUUCUGCCUUUAUUCAGCAACCCUUUGUAGAUGAAGAUCCUGAUAAGGAAAAAAAAAUAAAGGAACUUGAGUUGCUUCUUAUGUCGGCUGAGAAUGAAGUUAGAAGAAAACGAGUUCCAUCACAACCUGGAAGCUUUUCUAGCUGGCCUGGUAGUUUCCUCAUGGAUGACAGCAUGUCUAAUACUCUCAAUAGCCUCGAGGAGCACGCUAGUGAGUUUUACAGCAUGGAUGAAAAUCAGACUGUGUCUGCUCAGCAGAACUCACCUACAAAGUUCCUGGCCGUGGAGGCAAAUGCUGUGCUGUCCUCUCUACAGACGAUCCCAGAAUUUGCAGAAACUCUUGAACUUAUUGAAUCUGAUCCUGUAGCAUGGAGUGAUGUUACUAGCUUCGAUCUUUCUGAUGCCGCUGCUUCACCUGUCAAGUCCACCCCAGUUAAACUAAUGCGAAUUCAGCACAACGAAGGAGCCAUGGAAUGUCAGUUUAAUGUCAGCCUUGUACUCGAAGGGAAAAAAAACGGUUGUAACGGGGCAGACGGCGAGGCUGUUCCUUUAACCUCCCCAAGUGUGGCUAAGUUUAGCACUCCACCAACCAUCCUCAGAAAGAAGAGAAGAAUGCGAGUGGGCCAGUCCCCAGGCAGCGAGCUUGGCGAUGGCUCAUUCAACGAUGGUGGUAACACAGCACUAAAACACACACCGGUGAAAACACUACCAUUCUCUCCUUCACAGUUUUUCAACACAUGUCCUGGAAAUGAACAAAUUAAUAUAGAAAAUCCUUCAUUCACAUCAACCCCUAUUUGUGGGCAGAAGGUUCUCAUUACAACUCCUCUUCAUAAGGAAACAACCCCCAAAGAUCAAAAGGAAAAUGUAGGGUUUAGAACACCUACUAUUAGAAGAUCUAUAUUGGGUACCACACCAAGGACUCCUACUCCUUUUAAGAAUGCGCUUGCUGCUCAGGAGAAGAAAUACGGGCCUCUUAAAAUUGUGUCACAGCCACUUGCCUUCUUGGAAGAAGAUAUUCGGGAAGUUUUAAAGGAAGAAACUGGAACAGACAUAUUCCUCAAAGAGGAAGAUGAACCUGCUUACAAAAGCUGCAAGCAAGAGCAUACUGCUUCUGUCAAGAAGGUCAGAAAAUCACUAAUCUUAGAUAAUUGGGAAAAAGAAGAACCAGGUACUCAACUGUUAAAUGAAGACCUUUCAGACUUGCAGUCAGAAAAUAUAUUUACUACAUCUUUAUUAAUGAUACCAUUAUUGGAAAUACAUGACAAUAGGUGCAACUUGACUCCUGAAAAACAAGAUAUAAAUUCAACCAACAAAACAUAUACACUUAAUAAAAAGAAACCAAACCCUAACACUUCCAAAGUUGUCACAUUGGAAAAGAAUCUUCAGUCAACUUGUGAAUGGGAAACAGUGGUUUAUGGGAAGACCGAAGACCAACUUAUCAUGACUGAACAAGCAAGAAGAUAUUUGAGUACUUACACAACUACAGGCAGCACUUCAAGAGCUCUCAUACUGUGA